CAGGACGAGUGCUGCGCUCUGACUCCUGACGCGCAGAGACGCGGACGCGCUCAUCACGGGGACAGUCAGGACCCGCGCUCUGGGAUCCCGGUUUUCUCUUUUUGAGUGUGUGUGUGUGUGUAUGUGUGUGUGUGUGUGGUCUUCUUCUUCUUCUUUUUCUUUCCUUCUGGCUUCUCCCCUCCAAACUCCCCUCAAGCCGCUUUGACAGCAAUGAAGGAACUCGCACGUUUGGGAUAAUUUUAAUAAUGGUUCGCUUCAAAUGUCCUUUGGCACCGCGUUGGAGCCACAGCUGAGCUUUCAUUCAUUAAGUCCGACUGGAUUCUCGCGACGUGAUGGAUACAAAUGAGUUCGCAGUGCUGAAACUUUUUGUUGUUGGGCUUUUGGUGAACGCCUGGAUGAUGAAAGGGUUGUCAGCCACCGACAGCUUCAACAUAGAGCCAACUCCUCCCCAGCUGAAGAAGGUCUGCAAUGAGUCCCGUCUGCAGUGGGAGAUGGAGGUGUGUGGAGAGGAGUUCAAGCAGAAGAUGGCUCACAUAGACCAACAGUACUGGUGUAACCUCACACACUUCAUCAGAGAGUACCACUUAUUCACCUUCUGCACGGAGAAAAAGUCCCAAAACCUGGACUGCUACUGGCCCAACCCACUGGUGGAGAGCUACAUCAUCCGCAUACACAAGCACUUUUUCUCCAACUGCACCAUGGAGUCGGUGAUAUGGGUCGAUCCACCGGACGAUACGUUAACCAUCCUCAUCCUCAUCCCCGUUUUCCUCACCUUGGCCAUGAUUGCGUUGGUGGUCUGGUGCAGCAAGAGGAGCGAUAUCCUGGCUUAGGUCACGAAGAAGCAAGAAAAAGAAGAGAAGGACUAAGUUUGAGGCUCCAUUCUCUGAAAUACUAAACACAACAAAGGAGGGAACAGAGUACUGUUACUGUUGGAUCAAAUUAUCCCAUAGGUUGUGCCACAGAUCCUCCAAACUUCUUGUAAAAAUGACAAAAGUAAAGUCUGGUUGUACAAAGUAGCAUAUUUCUUAAUAUUUUAAUAUACUGUGUGUAAUUUUUUACAUUUUGGACGUUGACCUGUUACCACUCAGUAUGUUGAACGGUUCCACAGGUCUUUUUAGGACAGAAUUUGACUUUUUAAUGUACAGUAGAAGUCUGGGGAAUCAUGUUUGUUUGCUUUCUUGAAGACAGUCAGAUGAUAAGAUGAUACCAAUAUCAUGUUUUUACAGUAAAUAUGAAGCUACAGUCAACAACCAGUUAACUCAGUUUAGCUUGAAGAUUGAAAACAGCCUGGCUUUGACCAGCUACUGUAUCAGCGCCUCUAAAACCCCUAAUUAAUUUAACAUAAUCUUUUAUGAUACUUCUCACAAAGUACUAUGAUACAACUGUACAGUAGUUACAGUGAGAUCACCAUCCAACUUAAGAACAACACACCUUGUUGCUUGGAUUAAACAAGCAGGAUCAACUGUUUAAAUUAGUGAGUUUAAGGUGACUCAUAUUGUUGGUGGAUUUGGUUACAUUCAUGCUGGCUGUCUCCCUGUGUUUCCAGUCUUUAUGCCAAACUAACCAGCUGCUUUCUGUAGCUUCUUACGUAGCAUGGUCAAGUCAUCUAAUUCUUGAGAAAAUGAACAAGCAUAUUUCCUGUAAUGUUGAAAUGCUCCUUUGAGAAUUUUGGUUGUUGAAUGUGUCAUCACUUAUUGGGUAAUUUGACCAGCGGGACGAUUGACCAAAUCUUGGAUGCAUUCCUUAAAGCUCAUGGAUCCAGACUUUUGACCUCGAGAGAUUCUUGUCAGAGCACUGUAUCACUGCUGAAGGCCAAAGCAUCAAAGCAUCAAAGUCAGCGACUGACCUCCAAACCACUGGGAAAUGAGACUCCCUGAGGGCGGUAAAUAUUUUAACAUGGAACUGCAUGCUCACUUGAAAGGAUGACAAAGAAGCCAAAUUGGGACUUAAUAUUGUUACAAGGAAUAUGAAGUUUAGUCUUACUGAGUCACUGAAUGGACUUUAACCACUGGAAAGGAUACACUGCCCAAAGACAAGGGAACACUAUGAUUCAUGUAUUUUGGGACUUGAACUUCUUGUGUUACUACCUGAGCCCCGACGGACUGUUUUAUUACAGUGUAACUUAUCUAUUGUUGUUGAAUAAAAUACUGUUAAUACUCACAAAGAGGGGUUCUUAAUGGAAUCUAAAAAAAUAAUGAACUGAUAUUGAGGCCUCGUACUGUACAGUUGUGCUUUCUGUCUGUGCUGUCUACUGUAUCUGCAUCGCCUCUUCAGUGUUACUCAGACCAGUGAGGAAUACACACUGACGCUUUGAAAUGAAUUUCUUUUGGAGAAAGCUUUGAUUUAAUGUACGCACUUCAUCGGUUCUUUGAACAGUGUCCACCAACCACAAGCCAAACUAAACCAAGCACUGCUUUUUUUUUUAAACUUUCCUCCAAAGCAACAUCAAUCUUUGUUUCUUCAGCUGUCACCUGAACACUAUGCGUCACUAAAACUGUUGUCCAUGGAAACUGAAACUCCUCAAAAGAAGUACCUUGAUUAAAUCUCAACUGUCUCUUAAAA